CGAGGGCACUGGACUCGUGCAGGGUUCCCAGGCGUCGCGAUGAACAUCGUGGUGGAGUUCUUCGUGGUCACUUUCAAAGUGCUCUGGGCGUUCGUGUUGGCUGCGGCGCGCUGGCUGGUGCGGCCCAAGGAGAAGAGCGUGGCGGGCCAGGUGUGCCUCAUCACCGGCGCCGGCAGCGGCCUGGGCCGCCUCUUUGCGCUCGAGUUCGCCCGGCGCAGGGCGCUGCUGGUGCUCUGGGACAUUAACACUCAGAGCAACGAGGAGACGGCGGGCAUGGUGCGCCACAUCUACCGCGACCUGGAGGCGGCCGACGCUGCGGCGCUGCAAGCUGGGAAUGGUGAGGAAGAAAUUCUGCCCCACUGUAACUUGCAGGUUUUUACCUACACCUGUGAUGUGGGAAAAAGAGAGAAUGUCUACCUGACGGCAGAAAGGGUCCGCAAGGAGGUUGGCGAGGUCUCAGUCCUGGUCAAUAAUGCCGGUGUGGUCUCAGGGCAUCACCUUCUGGAAUGUCCUGAUGAGCUCAUUGAAAGAACCAUGAUGGUCAAUUGCCACGCACACUUCUGGACCACUAAGGCUUUUCUUCCUACAAUGCUGGAGAUCAAUCACGGCCAUAUUGUGACAGUUGCAAGUUCCUUGGGCUUGUUCAGUACUGCUGGAGUUGAGGAUUACUGUGCCAGUAAAUUUGGAGUGGUGGGCUUUCAUGAAUCCCUGAGUCAUGAGUUAAAGGCUGCUGAAAAGGAUGGAAUUAAAACAACAUUGGUCUGCCCUUACCUUGUGGACACUGGCAUGUUCAGAGGCUGCCGAAUCAGAAAAGAAAUCGAGCCUUUUCUGCCCCCUCUGAAGCCUGAUUACUGUGUGAAGCAGGCCAUGAAGGCCAUCCUCACUGACCAGCCCAUGAUCUGUACCCCCCGCCUCAUGUACAUUGUGACCUUCAUGAAGAGCAUCCUCCCUUUUGAAGCAGUUGUGUGCAUGUAUCGAUUCCUAGGAGCGGACAAGUGUAUGUACCCCUUUAUUGCUCAAAGAAAACAAGCCACAAACAAUAAUGAAGCAAAAAAUGGAAUCUAAGAAUCUUCUUUGUAUGGAGUAUCAUAUCUACCAGAAGACGAUCAAGAUGUUUCAGUCCGACCCACAUCAGCAUUACUGACAUUUUCUGGAUUCUAAAUCCAUGUUGACUUUUUUUUUUUAAUCAACUUAAAAAAAUAAAAUAAAAUGUAGAUUAACCAACUAGAAUACUUGGAAAAUGUGACCAGCAAAAGUGAGCUUAGGUUGUUGCCUAUGGGGACCAUUUAGGCAGAACCCUAAAACCAGUCAAAUCUUUUAGACAAGCACUGUGUGACCUCUCCAGGCUACCGUUAUUUUUUUUAAUGAGCAGAAAGUCUAGAGAUGAUAACUACAGUGUGUUUUACCUGUGUGAUUUUCUUAAUUCCCAUAGAGUUUAUUAAUAAUUGUAAUUAAACUCUAGCCAACUGACACCCUUGCAACUUCAAGGACUGAUAGUGCUAUAUUUUAUCACGUUUUGUAAGUUUCAGUUUUGCAAAGCCUGUAUGGCUUUUCAUGGUGUUUGUAUGUACAGCUCUUUUAAAAAGGAAUUUUGAAAUCUCCAUCAAUUUGAAGCAAUGAUGUUUGAUUGUUACAGAAAAGAUGAUCAGGUUUCCUUAAAGUUGUAACAACUAAAUUAUUAGCUGAAUUUUUUAUUUUAUCUCUGAAAUCUUUCCUUAAAUAGCUAUUACUCUGGAAACCUAGUUAUCCAAAAAAGUCACACAUUUUCUACCUGUGAAUUUUGCUGCACACAGAAAGUGCCCUUGCCUCAGGAAGUUGUUAUGCUCCAUUUCUUUGGAUGGACUUUUAUCUAGAAUACAUAGCAGCUUAGCAAAGAAACAGUUUCUAAAAAUGGGAACUUAUGCAUUAAAAAGAGUUCCAUUUUUGUGCCAACUGAGUAGUGAGGGGGGAUGAAUCUGAUGCCAUGGCUUAUGUGUGCAAGGGUAUAAAGAUUCUUUUGAAAGUUUUAUUCACAUUGUAGAAUGGCAAAUGACAUUUUUACAGUAUUUUUUUGUAAAGCAAACUAUUUGUGCCUUGAAUUUGGUAAAUGUGUAUUAGUGAAAUGUUGUAAAAGUGAACUUCUACCUCUGUAUCUAAAUGUAUACCAUCCACUUGUAAAUUACUAUAAACGAUUAUGUGAUUGCUUUUUUUUAGAAUGUCUUGUUUAAAUAGCAACCAAUGUUUAAGGCUGUUAAAAUAAGCCAUCUUUUACUAAUUAAUUGGGAAGUUUUAUAAAGGACUGAUUAAAUUUAAAAAAUUAACUUA